CAUUUUGGAGUUGAUUCUUCAUAAUUUUCUAAAGGAAACAUUUGUAAUUUUCAAGGUUGUAAAGUGAUUUGGUGUGUUCUAACGUACUAAACCAAGCUGUGUAGUGCUAAUUCAUUGAUUAUGUCAAAAAACUACGAAAGUAAGGCAACAAGAUUUGUUGAUGAAGCAGAAAAAGAAGCGAGUGAAGUAUUACAUUCACUACUUUCAGUUGAAAGAAUAGAAAGAUCAGGAAAUUUGAAUAGAACCAACGCUCAACAUGAGGUGGUAGUUAUAGACAACAGUGAAGAGCAAGGUCAAUGGCAUAAUGAAUUGCAGCAUCACGGCAAUAUUUACCGGCUUGAGAACGGUGACGGCAGUCACGAAUAUGUGCAUGAAGAUGGCACUGCCGUUGUAUGGGAGAGUUACCAAACCCUGGAUGUAGAGACUACCAACCAACCCUCAGAACAUUUGUUAUUUGAAAGGCAACAGAUUUUUCCCCAACAAAUCCCCCAAAAACAAGGCAGCAAAGUACAACCCAAAAAAAAUAAUCACAAGUGGAAGAAAAAACCAGCAAAGCCUCAAGAGCCUAAGAAUGAGUCAAAAGUGGAGGAAAAUGUGGAAAAUGAUGAUGCCAACGACGUUCGGCAAAGGUUUGCAAUGGGAUGUGAAUGUCAUGAUGUCAGCUGUUUUCAAGGGUUAAAUCCGGAUAAUGUGUAUAGGCAUCGUCUGAAUAUAGCAGAGUUGACGAAGGAAGAGCAUGACAUGUACCUGAUGGGAGUAACAAUGGCUUGUAUGUCUGAUCCCGGAGUCACGGUGAAACAACGGGAGAGGAGGAGGUUGAGGGCGCAGUACGUUUACCAAGGCCGUAGAGUUUGCCUCUCAGCAUUUCUGUAUCUAGAGAAUUGUACGUUAUACCAACUAAAGAGGAUACGCAAACACGUCAUGACUCAUGGUGUCACCCCCCGUGUCCAUGGGAACCACGGCAAGAAACCCCAUAAUGUGUUCUCGCUUGAAACUUACAGAAGAGCUACAGAGUUUCUCAAAAGCUAUAUAGAACAGCAUAACACGAAUACAGGAAACUGUAAAAACACUGUGAUCUUUCCACCUGAAAUAAGCCGGAAAACAAUUCAUAAUUUGUACCAAGGAUUCAUGAAGAAAAAUGCUCCUCCAGAAGAAAAAACUAUGGGAUAUUCAACUUUUCGGCAUUUUAUGAAGGAACAAUUCCCACAUGUCAGAUUCUGUAAAAUAGAAUUAGGUACCCAGAAUGCUAUAAAUGUUUCAAACACGGCAUCUAAGCAGAGCCAUCAGGCACACAACAGCAACAGCCAUCGAGCAAGCAAUACAGAGGAACCUCAAACAGUUGUUGUGCAACCACAAACUGUAACACAAGGACCUGUACAAGCCAUCACCACAAUACCUCUGAUCAUACAGGAGCCUAGCAAACCUGAGAUGCAGACAUACAUAGUCACUCCCAUGGUCUCUGGACAUACCAUCACAGUCACACCUGUCACUAACUACGCCUUCACUACUCUGUGAGGAACAUUAGACAAGCCAACACCACAAUCCCUCUGAUCAUACAAGAGCCUAGCAAACCUGAGAUGCAGACAUACAUAGUCACUCCCAUGGUCUCUGGACAUACCAUCACAGUCACACCUGUCACAAACUACGCCUUCACUACUGUGUGAGGAACCUUAGACAAGCCAACACCACAAUACCUCUGAUCAUACAGGAGCCUAGCAAAUCUGAGAUGCAGACAUACAUUGUCACUCCCAUGGUCUCUGGACAUACCAUCACAGUCACACUUGUCACCAAAUACGCCUUCACUACUCUGUGAGGAACCUUAGACAA